CCUGUCCCCAGUGGAGGUCAGAGAUCCACCAUAGGCUCUUCCCCUGGCUCUGGGCGGGGAGAGAGGGGGGUCUCCGACAGAGGUGCCUUCAGCAGCAGUUUGGAAAACUUUCAGGCUUGUGUCAUUCUUCCUGCAGAGCUGAAGCGGCUCGACCUGAAUGGGCACAGACAUCCAGGAUCUAUUUGCCCCGAGUAACUGCUGAGGCAACAGGAGUCUCCCGCCUGAGGUGGCACAGUUGGCACGUUGGAUCUUACCCUGCCCACAAUGGAAGGGAGCCUUGAACUGGGCAGAUGGGAGCCUCUUCUCUAGGGGAUCUCUGUACCUGGAAGCCUUUGUACCCUCUCUCUAGCAGGGUGCCAGCCUCUGUACCCUCUCCCUAGCAGGGUGCCAGCCUGACGGCAUUAUUUGGGCUUUUGGACGGUGCCAGUCUGACGCAAUUGUUGGGCGCCUGCGGAUGGGGCAAAACUUCAAAUUUGUGUCACUACCGAGUCCCUUGUGAGAGCACCAAGCGGCAAACGUUCCUGGCAGGGUGCAACUCUGCCACCAUUGCUGGGUUCCUUGGGAGGACACCAUUCUGCCACCAUCUGCCUGGUACCUGGUAUUGGAACAAUGCAGCACCCCUUGGAUUUAGGGGGCCAUUAUUUUGCCCAUGACGCGUUUGUGGACCACAGAUCCCACCGCUACAGAAGUUUUAUGAUAGAGGAGAUUCUGACCGACCACCAGGACCCCAAAGCUUCUCCACCUGCGGGGGAGUUGCUAAAGUUUGGGGUGCAAGCACUUCUCUCAGCCAGACCUUAUCACAAUCAUCUAGCGUUACUGAAGGCAGAACAAGCGUCGGUUUUCAAGUUCCCCCUGAGCCCGUUAUCCUGCCCGGCCUUGGGCUCCCCCAUUAGUUCCGCAUUGCUUGCUGCCGGCUCUGGGCUCCAGGGGGGCCCAGGAACACCCCAUCACCUGCCCUUGGAGCUUCACCUGCGGGGCAAGUUGGAAUCCAGCGUGUCGGAGCAGGGGGGCAGUAAAGCCAAGAAGGGAAGGAGAAGUCGGACGGUUUUCACUGAACUUCAACUGAUGGGGCUGGAAAAGCGGUUUGAGAAGCAGAAAUACCUCUCCACCCCCGACAGGAUAGACCUGGCGGAAUCCCUGGGCCUCAGCCAGCUGCAGGUGAAAACCUGGUACCAGAACCGCAGGAUGAAAUGGAAGAAAAUACAGGUAUUGCAGGGCGGAGGCCUGGAAUCCCCCACAAAACCCAAAGGGCGCCCCAAAAAGAACUCCAUUCCCAGCAGCGAGCAGCUGACCGAGCAGGAGAGGGCAAAGGAGGCAGAAAAGCUGACAGAGAGUCUCCACUCACCCUCGGAGGUGAAUCAGGAGGAGUAAUUAAGCGCUUAAUCACUGUGCCCAAUAGAGACCUAAUUAGGAUAACGGCACCAACCCCGGAGCAGCCUGGGGGCCCGGAGCAACUCUCAUCCUGUCCAAUAGGAGCACAAGGGGCGGCACCGAGGGACUAAGCCAGGAGCUACAGGGAGACACUUACCUGCUCCCACCGGGGCACAGAGACACUUACCUGCUCCCACCGGGGGCACAGAGACACUUACCUGCUCCCACCGGGGGCACAGAGACACUUACCUGCUCCCACCGGGGGCACAGAAAGACAUAUCUGCUCCCACCGGGGGCACAGAGAGACUUACCUGCUCCCACCAGGGGCACAGAAAGACUUACCUGCUCCCACCAGGGGCACAGGGAGACUUACCUGCUCCCACCAGGGGCACAGGGAGACUUACCUGCUCCCACCAGGGGCACAGAAAGACUUACCUGCUCCCACCAGGGGCACAGGGAGACUUACCUGCUCCCACCAAGGGCACAGAAAGACAUAUCUGCUCCCACCGGGGGCACAGAGAGAGACUUACCUGCUCCCACCGGGGGCACAGAGAGACUUACCUGCUCCCACCGAGGACACAGAGAGAGACUUACCUGCUCCCACCGGGGGCACAAAGAGAGAGACUUACCUGCUGCCACCGGGGGCACAAAGAGAGAGACUUACCUGCUCCCACCGAGGACACAGAGAGACUUACCUGCUGCCACCGGGGGCACAAAGAGAGAGACUUACCUGCUCCCACCGGGGGCACAAAGAGAGAGACUUACCUGCUCCCACCGGGGGCACAAAGAGAGAGACUCACCUCCUUCCCUCAGAUACAAAGACAGACACGGAGGGGCAGAUAGCGGGAGGGAAUUUGCCCCACUACUGGGCUGUUCCUGAGAGACUUUAAUGACUUUUUCUGGUUUCCGGAACACGGAUUAUUUUUUUUAUAUAUAUGUGGAAAUAGGGACAUUGUGCUCCGUCCCUGCAGCUCUGUUGCUAAGGAAUUGCAGGACAAGGAGGUUCCCAAGGGUUAGUAGAACAUUCUAUAAUAUUUCUCUUUCCUCGACUGUAUUUAAUGUAUUUGUUUUUCCCUCCCGGGGAAAUGCUCAACCCGAAAAUCUUUCCUGUGCCAUUUCUGCGCCUUUUCUACUUUGCCAACAUAAAUACCAAUAUUUUGUUUUUCUGCCCUUUGAUUUAUUUUUAUUUCAAAGAUUGAUUCAUUUCAACUGAGACCGUUACCCCCCCCCCCCCCCAUAGCUUGGACUGCGCCACUCUGCCCAUUAACCCAUUGUGUGCUGAAGGGACUGCCCCUGAUUGGUGUCUCCAGCGAGCAAGCGGCUCUCCUUGUCGGUAUUUUCACUCUGCGGAACUUUAUUUUAUAAUAACGCUGCCUUGUUUCCAUGAAAUAAAUCCAUUCAAUAUUUCUACAA